AUGGCGCCACUAUGCGCGGAUCCGCGACAGGUCAUUAUCGCCCUGAAUCCGGCUAGGCGAAAGGCAUUGCUGGCUCUUGUCCAGAAGAUCGUCUCUUACAUGAUCUCCGAGUUGGAGACUCGCCCCGAUGAACUGGGAUCAAUUGCUCCAGAUGAUGAGGGCAAUGCAUAUGAUGAAUCGCCGCCAUCAGACUCGCCGGAGAAGGCGGGUAACUCUAUAUCCCAAGGCGACAAGUCUCAGGGCUUGCUGCAGCCGAAAAUCAAGACGACCAGGCAAGCAGAGAAAUCCUUAAGGGCGGCAUUGACUUAUUCUCUGGAAUGGAGGGAUGAAGUUGUAUCCAAGCUUGAGGAGAUUGUGAACGUGGAAGAUACGCAAAAGAUUGUGGCCGAGAGGAAAACCCGGCGCGAGAUGCUGGACAAGAAGAAAUUGGAGAUGCCCAAUAGUGAUCGCCAGCUCCUUGAUAUAGACGGCGUACCGGUAGAUGAGACGGAGGACGUCUCCAUGCUGCAAUCCGCGUAUACGCCGAUACCCACCAGGCUGACAACUAUCCCAAUCGAGGACCGAGAAGAGGCACUCACUUGUGUGUUACUAUUGCUUCUAUCUACUGGGAAAUACUCUGCCCAUUCUCGCGCUCUGGUACUUUAUCUGACCUCAUCGUUGGAGUUGUCUCAGACGUUCCUUAACAAGACAGAGGCGGAGAUCGCCAUGUCUCUCAUGGAAUCUUCUACGGCCAACAAUGACCAGAAAGAAGCAAUGUCUGCAGAUGCUGAGGCUGCUAAACGCCGGCAGCAGAACAAGGUCAGCCGCUUUUGGAAAGUUGGGCUGGCAUCUGUAGCUGGUGCUGCAGUUAUCGGAGUCACAGGAGGCUUGGCUGCUCCUCUGGUUGCGGGGGCCAUUGGAAGUGUUCUUGGAGGUGUUGGCUUGGGAGGUGUUGCAAGCUUUCUCGGCAUUUUCUGGAUGAACGGAGCUUUAGUCGGGACCCUAUUUGGAGCUUAUGGUGCUAAGAUGACUGGAGAAAUGAUGGAUAACUACGCAAAAGAAGUGGAAGAUUUUCGCUUUCUCCCUCUCAAAGAGGAGGUUACAACAGAUGUCCCAGAGAACCUAACCAAAGAGCAAAAGGAACAACGCCGCCUCCGCGUCACCAUCGGAAUCAAUGGCUGGCUGAACUCGGAAGAUGAUAUCAAGAAGCCUUGGCGCAUUCUAAGUACUGAUACCGAAGUCUUUGCUCUGCGCUAUGAGAUGAGCGUUCUUCUUAGUUUGGGGACCGCCUUGAAUGACCUUGUUCGUUCCUUUGCCUGGACGGCGUUCAAGGCUGAAGUCAUCAAGCGAACGGUCCUGGCGACUCUCUGGGCUGCUCUCUGGCCCAUACAAGUUUUGGCUGUUGCUUCCAAUGUGGACAAUCCGUUCAAUCGCGCAAAUAACCGAUCAAGAAAGGCUGGGCAGCUUCUUGCUGAUGCACUCAUCAAUAAGGUCCAAGGCGAAAGACCCGUCACACUUAUGGGCUAUUCUCUUGGUGCCACAACAAUCCACGCCUGUUUGCAGUCCCUUGCUGAGCGCCACGCUUUUGGUCUGGUUGAUACAGUCGUCAUAAUCGGCACCCCAGCUCCGUCUGAUCCGGCUCACUGGCGGGCUAUCCGACCUGUCGUGUCUGGGAAGAUCUUUAAUGUCUAUUCUGAGAACGAUAUGGUCCUCGGUUUUGUAUACCGGAUGCACAGUCUCGCACUCGGUGUCGCUGGUUUGCAGCCCAUCAAAGGUGUGAAUGGCAUCGUGAACGUGGACUUGAGUGAGAGCGUUAGCGGCCAUCUUCGAUAUCCGUCCCUUACCGGUGAAAUUUUACGCAAGUGUGGCUUCGUAAAUGUCAAGGCCGGAAAGGAUAUCGAGAGAGACGAUGUCAUACAGAUGAAAGACAAAGAGGAAGAUCUCAUUGACUUCGGAGAUGGCGCUAGUAACAAGCUCAAUGACGAAGUUAAGACUGCUGAAUCUCUUCAAGGCAUGACAAUCACACCUCCAGCUCUUAUACCGCGCAAGGAGCUCGCCAAUCCACCUCUUCCAAAGCGGCCGACUGACGAACUCGAACUCGAAAACCCGCAACUUCCUCCGCGAACAACCGAGUCUGCACCUCCAGUUGUACAAGAUGCAGAGGAUGUAGCCCCUCCUUUGCCUAGACGCCAGACAGCUCCAUUGCAACAAUUAACAAUCCCCCGACGUCCGGUCCCAAGGAUGAGGAUGACGACUAAGGUUAACGAUGGCGAAAGGAGACCCCGGUGAGUCAGAUAUUACUUUAGAGAUACUAGGCUGGUUACAGGAAAAUAAACAAAACUCAGAUUCCCAGAAGAGCAGGCUUCUAUUACAAUACAUAUAAGGUGUUCCUUACUUAUCUCGAUAUACUUAGGUAUCCAGAUAUCCACAGAAAGUAGUAAUAGUAGUAGAAUAAAUAUAUAGUUCCUAAAG